AUGCAGGGCACUAGCUGUUUCUUGCGGUGGGUGAGAAAUCUUGAUGAUGAGCUCCACGCUCUCGUUGCAGGCUUUCUUGCAGGGAUCUCCAUGAUGUUUUACAAAAGCACCAGUAUCUCCAUGUACCUUGCAUCCAAAUUAGUGGAGACAAUGUACUUUAAAGGCAUCGAAGCUGGAAAGUUUCCAUAUUUCCCACAAGCUGACACAGUGAUUUACGCCAUUUCAACAGCUAUUUGUUUCCAGGCAGCUGUGAUGGAGGUUCAGAGUCUCAGACCUUCAUACUGGAAGUUCCUGCUGAGAUUGACAAAGGGCAGGUUUGCUUUGAUGAAUCGCCGGGUUCUAGACACUUUCGGAACCAAAGCCUCGCAGGAUUUCAAGGGCUUUAUACCCAGGCUGGAUCCCCGGUACACUGUAGUGAAACCAGAAAUCGAGAUUCAUCUGGGUUCCUGAAGCAGUAUUGUCAAUACUGACCAAAGUAGCACGGCCUCCAACCCGGCAUGUUCAGUGCAGCCAAGGCACUCAUGAUCAGUGUUAUUUCCAUUUGAUAACAUUUCUGAGGAAUACCAUCAGGAAUGCCGGAGGGGAAGUUUGGUUUUAAUUAAGCAUACCCUUUUGCCGAAAGAAACUGUGAAUUGUGAAAGCACUUAAUUAGCUGAAAGUAUAUCUAUAUAUAUAUAUGUGUGUGUCUGUCGAUAGCACAGUUUCUGAAUCGAGCAACAAUCUAAAUGAAUAACUGUAGAAGAGGAAUGAACUAUUGCAGUGAAGUUUAGUAAAGUUUUAGGAAAAUCUUUAGAAUUAUAUAGAAAUAUACAGUUAUGAACUGAAAAAAAUGUUUUAAGGAAAGUAUAAUCUUCUAUUAAGCAGUCAUUUCAAUUUCAUUGAAUUCAGGUGGGAACUGUCUGCCUUAAAUUGAAUCUGCAAUCUGGUUGUAAUUGUAGGCCAGAGUUGAGAUCUUAUGUGGCGCUUCAGUCUAACACAGUAGGCUUGACAAAGAGGAGACCCGUUGUGGGGGGGUCCGUUCAUAGUAUAAAUCUGACUAAAUUGCAUUAAACAGAUGGAAUCUAUCAAGGCUACACUGUCAUUAUUGGCCAAUGCUAGUAUAAUUGGGAACAAUAACCAUGGCUGAGUAAUAGAACUUCAGUGUGUUCCAGUUUUAGUGAAACUGGCAUCCAAACAACUGGCACGCAUGCAGGAAAAAAAAUGUAACAAACCUGAAGUAAUUAUUUUUUUAAUUCAGAAUCAAAAUUGCAAAAUGGCAGUCUGUUAGCAGAAAUGCAUGUAAUCUCUCAGGUGUUACCACAGCAACUCCUCUCUUGUGUAUGUCAUCAUGGAAGAGGUUUGUGAUGUGGCUUGAUGCCGCCUGUAAGAAUCAGAACACAGAUCCAAAAAGACCUUUAAUGUUGAAUUUCAUAGUAUAAAUUAGCUCUCUGGCGGAGCCUACUGGUUGAUCUGUCUCCUACCUUUUUUUGUCUUUUUUCUUUUUCUCCAAACUUUAUCUAAAGCAGCUACCAAGGCCUGUACAAACCUAACCUCCUUUUUAACAAUUUGCUGCUCAGUGAUGGAUUUUGUUAUUCAUGUUAACAAAGACAGUAUUGGAUGGGUGGUGCAAAAUGUAACUUAUGCAACAUUUCUGACUGAUUGUUUCUUCACGCAGUGCUUCAUUUUGUAAUUGUAUGCCUAAUGCAGAUACCGUAUUACUCAGAAUUAACGGCGCUGUGUUUAUUUUAAAUUGCCGGAAACAGUAGUGGAGCUCAUUCAAGGGCUACAGUAAUUAGAAGUUUUUUUUGAAAGGUACAAUUUGUUAUUGCAGUAUUUGAGGGAGGCGUAUAUUGAAGUUUAUUUCUGUGGAUACAGCUUGAUCAGGAUGCUGAAGAAGUCCUACAGCUGGAAACUGAAAGCUGUUGAGUUUGCAGAUCAAUGUUUGCCUGGGUGAGGACACAUACCAGUGUAGCAUGGAGAGGGAAAUAAUAAAUAACAAGAGAGAAAUGUCAAUUCAACACCGAGGAGGUAGGUUUAUUUUCCCUUUCUUUUCUUACAGCAGUCUCUAAGAGUCGCAGGGCUGAACUCUUUUAAUAUACGACUUUCUGUUCAACGAGCAAGACAACUAAACACUCACGUUCUCCUGGUCCAGUGGCUAUCCCCUGAACAGCAACGCUACAGCAAGAGCUACACUAGCUUCUGCUUGACAAUCCAAAACACCACAUCCCCCAUUCUGUGAACUUCCUGUCUGGAUCAGGAUUCCGCAGCUUCUCUUAUUAGCAAAAAUACCGUGCAUACAACAAAACAGAAAUGCAUUUAGGAAACUUAAAUAAUAAUCAUACAGCUUGUGCAUUACAUCUAAAA